GGCAUUUUUAUUUCAUUUUGUCUUUUUCAUUAAUAGAGUUUUCGCCUACACAACACGUGAAACUCUAAAUGUUGUCAACGUCAUAAAAUCCAUAAAAGGCGAAAGCUUGAACUCGAGCAGAACCAAAAAAGUCAAUUAGCCAUGGACAAAUAUAAAGAGCUUGAAGCGCGGAAAAAAGAAAUUGAGAAAGAGCUUGAGACGCAAGAGACCGUUUUACUAAGGGAAAAUGUCAACAUGGAUACUCCAUUGAUCACGGUGGACGGAUUUCCACGGUCGGAUAUUGACGUUGCAGCCAUCCGAAUUGCUCGUUCAAAAAUUAACGCUUUAAAAAAUGAUCAUCGACAAGUGGAACAGGAACUUCUGGAACUGUUACCACAGCUGUUUCAACAAAGUCAAUCUCCCCCGCAAAGGGAACAGACGAAAAGCGUUGAGCCUGAAUCACUCUUUUCUCCUAGCACACAAAUUGAAUCCGAGUCAACAGGUACAGCCACUGUUCCUACUCUGGGUCGUUAUCCCACAUUUUGUUAUGUCGAUGCCGUAUCACCAGGCAGUCCAAUUCAAGAAGCUGGAGUCUGUUUGGGUGACGAAAUUGUUCGUUUUGGUACGGCUACUCAAAUGUCUGAUCUCUCAGUCGCCGUUCAAGCCAACGAAAACAAACCCAUUUCGGUUAUGCUUGCACGCGAUCAGGGCAAUGGCUCUCACACCCUCGUAACCCUUCUCGUUACUCCCCGACGCUGGAAUGGCCCUGGUCUUUUAGGCUGCCACCUAAUGCCCAAGUAAGUAGGUGUACAUAUUCUACAAAUAUGUACACAAAAGCUAGGUAUGAUGAACAUGAUUAUAAGUACAAUACGGAACAAGCCAGUUUAGUUUGAAACUCAAUUUUGAACUCAAGUUCGUCUCGCGAAAAAAAAUACGUAUCAUUAUUUACAGCAAUUGCUGUUCAUCUAACAUUACGCUCGUAAACCAGAAAAAAAAUAAGAAAAGUCUAUGAAGCGGAGUCUUUGGCAAAAAGGAGAGCGGGCAUGUUUGUGUAUAAUAAAAAAAAGACGUGGCACAAGAAUAAAAUAAAAUGGUACAAGGAGUCAGGGUACCACAGCCAGAACAGAAACGGCGGUAUAAAGGAAGCAAUGAGGAAAAAGGAAGCG